UGAGAAUUGAUCCCGCUCGUCGCUCGCACACCCUCGCGGCCAGCAUCGACCCGAUGGACGACCGCGGCAAAUCUAUCUGCGAAGGAUGGCUGCUCAAGAAACGGAGGAAGAAGAUGCAGGGCUUUGCGCGCCGGUGGUUCGUGUUGUACGAGUCCGGCCUACUCGAAUACUCCUUCCAACCGGAUAAACCUCCCCGGGACGGUCUGUUGCUCCCCACCGCCGCGAUCACGACGCAGCCAGGUCACAAGGAUAUCCACAUCGACGCGCCGAACGCGACUUUCCAUGUCAAGUGCCUCGAGGAGGAUGACUUCCGCAAGUGGAUGGCGGCUUUUCGGACAUUCAUCGCACACGAUGAGCGUACCCUCGGACGGCGAUCCUCCACGGCGCGGUCGGCGCCCUUACUCAACCAGGCCACGAAGGCACUGGACGAAAUGACCAAGACCCUCGCUGAAUUGGAAGAAGCCGUGCACUCGCUCCCAGAAGAAGUGAAAAAGAAGCACAAGCACCGGGACCAGGUCAAGGAGAGCGCACAUAAGCUCUUCUUCAGACGAUCUCAUCAUUCCGGCCAUGAAGCGAACGAAGGCAGCUCCCUCUCGGUAGAAAUACCCUCCUCGACGUCAAGCGGCUUUAGCACGGCCAACAGCCAUCAGCGUCUCCUCUCCGCGCUCGAAGCGCUCCGAGAACAACAUGCAACCAUCGUGCGCUCCCUCAUUCCACCCUCAGACAGUGCGGCAGGCGCGGCCUCCUCUGUGGCCCGUGGGCCCAUGUUCACAGAGGAACCUUCCGGCUCGGGUUCGUACACCUCCACUCCUACGACCGCUACCACCCCGACCCCGUCCUGGCGGACCCCUGGUCAUAUGCGAGGCAGUAGCGUGCACUGGGGUCCAUCCGGGCGCACUAGCAUCGCGAGUUCGGCAGGCGAGAUAUGGUUCGACGCCCCAGACGCCGAGGGAGCGCUCGAGUUCGUGAUGGAAGACCCAGAUACGACGCCGAACGAGAGCGGAAGCAAGUCGUCGGCGGCGUCGCAGGUGCAGAGAUCCGUCAGCGGCGACUCGCAGACGAGUGACGCUGGUGUCGAUGAUAGUGAUGACGAGCAGGGGGAGGAGGAGGAGAGCCUCGCGACCGCACAGACGGCGCCGGAGGACGAUGCACAGAAGCAUAAGCAGGUCGUGCGGAGGACGCAAUUGCCAUCUGGUCCUGUGGGUGAUGAGGGCAGCUUGUUCGGUGUGCUCAAGAAGAACGUUGGCAAGGACCUUGCCAGCGUCGCCAUGCCGGUGUCAUUCAACGAACCCUUGACGUUGACCCAGCGCUGUGCCGAGGACCUGGAAUACUUCGACUUGCUUGAUCAAGCGGUGAAGAAUGACGAUCCCAUUGAGCGGUUAUGCUACGUCGCAGCCUUCGCAAUAUCUGCAUACGCGUGCACCAAGCUGCGGUCGGGACGGAAGAGCUUCAACCCCAUGCUGGCCGAGACAUUCGAAGACGCGAGGAUGAAGUUCAUCGCCGAGAAAGUCAGUCACCAGCCGCUCGUCGUUGCGUACCAUGCCGAAGGCAACAACUGGGAGGUCAACGUGACCUCAAGUGGGAAGACCAAGUUCUGGGGCAAGAGCCUGGAAAUCAUCCCAUCCGGCGUUAAUCGCGCGCGCAUCGGUGACGACACGUUCGAAUGGCGCAAGCCGUCGUCGUUCAUGCGCAACCUCAUGAUGGGCAACAAAUACCUCGAGCACGUUGGCGAGAUGACGAUACAGAACGUGAAGACCGGCGAGCGGUGCGUCGUCGAAUUUAAGGAGGCUGGAUACUGGGGUACGCCGAACAUCAUCGCCGGGACCGUUUUCGACGCGAACGGCCAUAAGGUCUCGUACCUCGAAGGAAAGUGGGACGAGCAGGUCGUGCGCAAGCUCGAUACGGAUCAUCUCAAAGUGCUCUGGCGCCCGAACCCGUUCCCCAAGAAUGCCCGGGAGUAUUACGGCUUCACGUACUUUGCGAUCACGCUGAACGAGAUUACGGAGGAUCUGAAGGAGGAGGGGGUGCUGUGCAUCACGGACUCGCGGUUCAGGCCCGAUGUGCGUGCGCUGGAGGAAGGGGAUAUGGACAGAGCGGAGGUGGAGAAGGUGAAAGUCGAGGAAGCGCAGAGGGCGAGGAGGAAGGAAGGAAAGGAAAGGAAACCGCGAUGGUUCCAACAGAAGAGUGAGGAUGAUUGGGUUUACAAGGGUGGGUAUUGGGAACAGCGGGCGAAAGGGUGGAAGGACAUACAACCUUUAUGGUAGUAGGAUAUUCAUAUUUGAUCGCGAUUACAUCCGAUCUACGUGAUAUCUGGCUUAUAACGUUGUCUUCCUGUU